CGUACGUAGAAUCAGAAUGGCCAUCGAGGUGGGAAACAACACUCGAUCCGUGUCGCUUCCCUUCAAUUGACCACGACUGGUGGUUGACAGACGUCUGGGAGACUUCAGGAUGUCUCCAAGCAAUACGCGAAGGGUGCAGGCUGCCGCUGCUCGGAGGGCCGCACGAGAUGAAGCCAGAGCACAUCGCCAGCAAGCAGGGCAGAACGCAAGAGGCGGUCAACACAAUGGCAGCAGGAUGGUGCCGGACGAUGUAACGCCGAGGGCUUUACUGGGUGGCAUCGCAGUAGGGUCCUUGCUAGCAUUCACCAACCUCUACUUUGGCCUGCAGUCAUCAUGGAUCACCAUGGCCUCUCUUCAAGCCGCGUUGGUGGGCUACGGUCUCGUCAAACUAUUCCCUGCACCUCCCACUUGGCUCGCUUCUCGAAUAGGCUCGUCAGGCUCCCCACUGCAUAGCGGUCCCUUCUCACCGCAGGAGAACGCUGUGCUUCAGGCUACAGCUGUGAGCGCGGGAGCUAUGCCUCUCGCUGCUGGCCUCAUCGGCAUUGUGCCCGCGUUCACCCUGCUGGACCCUGCGCGAGACGGCGGAGCUUCGCCAUUCAAGUUCUCCUUGGCAGAGCUCAUGCUUUGGAGCGGCAGCUUGGCAUUCUUCGGCGUCUUCUUUGCAGCCCCUCUGCGCGUUACCUUUGUUCUGAAGGAAAAGCUCAGAUUCCCUUCAGGAACAGCAACUGCACAGCUCAUCGGUGUCAUUCACAAUGUCAAACUACGCCAAGAUGAGGAAGUUGCGUCGCAAGAAGGUGGGGACCCCAGCGCGCGGGCCGACGAAUCGGGCGAGCACAGGCCGCUGCUCUGGCAGGUGCACGCGCCGGUCAAUUCUCACGAGGAGCCCGAGGACUUGGGCACCAGCGAUACGCCGAACCCUGCACCUGUGCCGGGAGUAGAUGCGUCUCCUUCUACUCAGGCCGAAGAGCCUCAAACUUCUCAAGAAAUCGAGGAGAGCUGGAGACCAAUGUGGUACUCAUUCUUGUUGUCUGCUGGGGUAACUCUGCUAGCCUAUUUUAUUCCCGUGGUGUAUGCUGUACCUGCCUUUGACAUUCUAUCGCCAGCGCACGAUCUAGCAAAAGUCUGGGGUUGGUGGUUCACACCAUCCCUCUCUUAUGUCGGUCAGGGAGUCAUCAUGGGUUUCCCAACGUCAGCGGCCAUGUUCGCCGGAGCUAUCGUGGGCUGGGGCAUCCUCAGUCCUUUGGCGCAUCACUAUGGAUGGGCAAAAGGGGAGCCAUUGGACGCUGACACCGGAUCACGAGCAUGGCUGCUUUGGAUAGCAUUGGCGAUCAUGACCUCCGAAAGCUUCGUGGGGAUCUUAGUCUUGCUCUUUACUUGGCGCGGCAGCGAACCUCAGAGAGUGCGGGCUCAGGCUCGCGGGGCUCGAGGCGUCAACGGCAUCGGCAGCUCGGCGCACUUGACGCAGAGCCGUAAAUCUGAUGACGAGGACGAGCCGGCAGCAAGGCUUAUCCCAGCUUCUUGGCUACUAGUGGGCCUCGUGCUGUCCGCCGGCUCUGCAGUAACCAUCUUGAUCUACCUUUUUGGUAGCCAAGGAGUGGAUUUCCUGCAUGUGGCCUUGGGAAUUCUGGUGGCUGCCGUGCUUGCUGUUUUGGCAGUGCGCUCCCUGGGCACUGUAGAUUUGAACCCCGUCGGCGCGCUAGGCAAGCUCAGCCAGCUGGUGUUUGCCUUCGUCGCGCCAAACCAUGUGCUAGCCAACCUAGUCGGCGGAGCGCUGGCCGAAGGUAGUGCAAUGCAUGCUGGCGAGCUGAUGCAAGACUUCAAGACUGGGCAUUUGGUUCGUGCGAGUCCUCGAGGGCAGUUCGUCGGACAAUUGGUGGGCGGAUCAGUGGGUCUAGUCGUGUCUUCGAUAGGAUACAAAGCGUACGAAUCCUCGUACGCGAUUCCAGGACCCGAAAUGCCAGCUCCAGCUGCUAGGUUGUGGCUCAACUUUGCAAGGCUCAUCAAUGAUGGUGAACAACUACCUGCGCGAAGCAAGGAAUUCAUGAUUGCGACUGCUGCUGUCUUUGCCACCUCUGGUGCCCUCAAGACGGUCGUGAGUGCAAGGCAAAACGCGCGCGAACAUAGACGAGCACUGCAGGGGCGCCCACGCUCCCCGCUUCGGCCUCGCUGGGAGACCAUCGUCGCUUGGCUUCCCAACGGGAUAGCCUUCGCGGUCGGUCUGGGUCUGAACACACCAAAUUACACCCUAGCGCGACUUCUGGGUGGUCUGCUAUCCAUUUGGUAUCAACGUCGACAAGCGCAGAAAAGGGGUGGCAAAGCGCCUUCUCCUUUCGAUCUUCCACCCGUCUUCUUGCUCGUCCUGAGCGCCGGCUUUGUGCUGGGCGAAGGAGCAGCUAGCAUUGUUACGCUUCUGCUUAGACAGGUCGGUGCUCAACCUUGGUCCUGCUGGGGCUGCCGAGGUGGCUGUUCCGGCAUUUGCGCGGGAUGACAUUUCGCGUCCUCGACAACUUGCCAUGAGAUCAUGAACACGCGCCUCGUGACUUGUUUGCAAAUCGCCUUCGAUCCAGCAAAGAGUACGAUACCUUCAACCGCUUUAGGCAAACAAGAUAGAUGGAUAACCUUUGUGUAGCCCUUGUUUCGCACCCGCAAACGCUUGGGUCACCAAGAAUGCGUGCCCCUGCUCGCCCUGUGCAGGGCACACUCAUGUUUUCAGUGCAGAUACAUAUCAGUCCG